AUGAUGCCCCGCCUUCCGCUGAGGCUUAUGGUUGAGGCCCACAACACAAUUCCACGCCAUUUGCCAAGUGAAGUUGCUCUGAAUCUUCUCAAAUCAUACAGAUCAAUACCUAUAGUGAACAAGCAUCGAUGGCGAUGGAGAUUUUCUUUGCAAGUGCGGAUUCAAGAUGUACAAAUCGACAAUUUAGCAUGCAGACGAGGGAGGAAAAGCGCAGACCGGUGCCAGAUUUUCAUCUGGGACGAGGAACUCCCUCAGAUAAAGCUUCCACUCUCUUCGUCUUCAGAACCUGCAACACCCAAAAGAACGUCAGAUAUCCGACAAUAUGGGAUCCUCACGCCAGUUACCAGUUCAAGAAAAGUACAUCCUCCCCUAGACAGGGCCAGUAGCGGGAACGAACCGAGCCAAAUCACAUUCUCGGCCCAGGCGAAGAAACGUUCACUAUUUUCGACUUCCGGGCAAGUCCCCAAAAAACCGAGAAUAGUGUGUACACCAUCUCGGUCGCCUAGCCCUACGCCAUCCAAAUCUCUCGUUAAUGGUAGCCCUGCAUCUGGUCUUAAUGAUACGUUCUUAUCGUCAAGACCAGAAACCAUGCAUUUUAUGAGGGGCGGAUCGCGCAGAUGGGAAGAUUACGAGAAGGACUUAUCAAUGACACCUACCAAGCACAAAUCCCACGUGAGGGAUUUCAAUCAGGAAGGUGGGAAAACAGAAGCGGAAAAGGGAAAAGAUGAAGAAGAUCUUCUUUCUGACUGGGAUGAUACCAUCGUCUCAGAAGUGAUACGGAUUGCCAAUAGUCCUAUUUGA